AUGGAGGCGCUGAUGUCUCGUCUGGAUGCUAUCGUCUUGGAUCGUGAUCUUGCGCCUUUGCUGUCUUUGCUCAAGGGUGUUCGAAAUGGUGUCGUCUACGGGUCGAAAGUGCGCUUUCCGCACGCUUUGGUGAUGAUAUUCCUUUUCCGCUCCGGAACCCUCCGCGAAAAGGCCAAGCUCGUCCUGAAAGCCACGCAAACGCACGCCCGUAACCUCGCAACAUUCGCUCUCAUAUACAAGAGCUCCAUGCUCGCGCUGCGAAACCUAAACACAUCCAGUGCUGGGAAGGAGAACCGUUACGAUAGCUUCUUUGCAGGUUUACUAGGAGGAUACGCUGUUUUUGGCCGGAACCAGACAAGCGUCACCCAGCAGAUCGUCAUCUACGUCUUCGCCCGCGUGGCCCUUUCCCUCGCCAAACUCUCCGUUGAACCUAACAUGCACCCGCUCUCGCACCUCAUCACCCCCGAAGCUCGUUCCCAGAUCAAAAACAAUGCAUGGCCGGUCUUUGCAAGUCUCAGCUGGGCUUCUGUAAUGUACAUCUUCCGCUGGUAUCCGGAGACGCUUGUUUCGAGUUUGAGGAGCAGUAUGGUUUACAUCUACGCGGACUCAGACCACUGGAACUCGUUCCGGAACUUCUUAAUACACAAUAAAUAG